AUGCUAGACUCUGGUCUAGAGAAGGGGUCAGUGGCAAGCCUGCUGUAUGUCAUCAACAAGCAUCUGGGUGCUCUGGGGCCUGAGUCAUCCUUUGCAGCGGGCACUCCAGGAGGUUGCCAUCUACACUGGGAGCCCCAGUGCCAGCAGCCAGGGCCUAAUGGUAUGCCCAUGACUACAGUCCUGCCCCCACACUUCAGUGGGCCCUGGAUCUCCACCGGCUUCGAGGUACGGCCAGGGCCAGAAUUCCUCACCCGCUCCUACACCUUCUACUCCAACUGCCUCUUCUGAGCCUACCAGUUCUACUACAGGGACCCCUCCUGCCAAGAGCCUGCCCACUCGCUGCUCAUCAAGGGCAAAGUUCGUCUGCGCCAGGCCUCCUGGGUCAUCCCGGGUGCCACCGAGGCUGACUACCAUCUGCACAAGGUGGGCAUAGUCUUCCACAGCCACCAUGCCCUGUUUGACAUUGCCAGGCGCCUCAACCAGACCCAGGCUGGCCAGGACUGUAUAGGACGGCUGCCUCCGGACCAGGCCUGGCUGCCAGGGAUGCUGUAUGAGCUGCUGAGCUCCCGGGUCCCAGGUGACUGCAUGGUGGCACUGGGCUUUAGCAUGCACGAGCUCAGUCUGCUGCGCCUACAGGGUCACAUGCAAGAGCAGCCUGGGGUGGCACCCCAUUUAGUGGAAGAGUUGUUCCUUGGGGAUGUCCACACCAACUGGACAGAGAGGCAACACUACCAUCCCACUGGCUACCAGUGCCCCCUGCAAAGUUCUCUGCACCACGCUCGGCCCUGCCUGGCCUGCAGUCUCAUUGUCUAUUCUGAUGAGCACCACCCCCCUGUGCUGCCUGCCCAGACAGCCCUGCCACUGUGCCUUGGUGGCCGCUGGGUCAGCAUGGGCUGUGAGGCGAGACCUGCCAUGCUGUUCUUCACGCGGCUCUUCACCUUCGAUGAGCACAAACGCACCUGGGAAGGGCGCUACCAUCAUUUCUCUGACCCUGCCUGCCGCCAGCCCACCUUCACCGUGUUUGCGGCCGGCCACUACUCCAGAGGCACCCCAUCUCCCAGGGUCCACAGCAGCACUGAGCUGAUGUUCAAGGUUACACAGGCCCACGUGACCCCCAUGGACCAGGUUACUGCAGUCAUACUCAACUUCUCCAAGCCAAGCAGCUGUGGAGGCCCAGGGAUCUGGUCAGUAAGCACUGAGAGGGAUGUCACAGCCACUAACGGGUGCCUACCCUUGGGCACCAGGCUCCCACAUGUAGAGUAUGAGCUGUUCAAAAUGGAACAAGACCCUCACGGGCAGAGCCUGCUCUUCACCCGACAGAGGCCCACAGAUGGGUCUAGUCCCAACACGCCUGAGAAACGCCCUACCUCCUUCCAGGCACCCCUUGUACUCUGCAAGAGGCAGGCCCAAGGGACCCCCAGGCCCUCAGGCGCAGGCCUCCAAUGCAGAAACUCUCCAUUGGGCAGGCACCUUAUCUUCCUGUCAUCCCAUUCCCCUUACUACUCCUGGCUCAAGGACUGGUCCUCCUUGAAUGGCUAUGACAUCAGUGUUUGA